AGGUAAAGUGCCUUCUGUUUUUCUCAGGCGUUGCGCCUCCUCGUAUGCCUUUCCAAGCUGUUUGUUGGACUGCUACCAACUCUGUAUUAACCAUAGUUCUGACUUGAGACGACACUUCGAGUCUGCGCAAAUCCUCCAUGCCCGUGUGCAUCGAAUGCGGGCACGCCGUGCCGCGAAUCAUUAAGCCUGACACGGAAACGGUGGAGCGAUGUGGGGAGUGCGGCUGCGUCUGCGACUCGUACUUCGAGUUUGGUGACGUUCAGGUUUGGAUCGACGUCGUCUUGCUUCGUCGCAAGGCGUGGGCGCACGUUCUCUUUAACCAAGUCCAUCGCUACACCAUGCACGUCAUGCUCGUACUCUGCUGCGUUAUUGAGGCGGUUGUCGUACACAGUCUAAGGGUGCUCGAGGCCAUCCCGCGCAUUGCGGGUGGUGUGCAGAACAGCUCGCUUUACACGUCCGACCAGCAGGUGCGCUCGCUGCAGUUCGUGCGCAUUUUACAAAGCCCUUUCCUGCCUCUCAUGGACUACCCCACCACCAUCCCAUACCUGUUCAUUUUUGCCAUGACGGAGAACGCGCUGGUCGCGUCGAUGGCCACCUGGCUCGGCCGCUUCUUCUACCGCAACUACGAAUACACGGCACGCCCGUGGUUCAUUGAGGCGGCCUUCGCAUCGUACGCCAAACUUAGCUACGUUCUCUUUCUCAUAUGGGCCAUGCCGCCGUCGUUGCUGCCGAUGGUAGACUUCGUGUACGUGCUUUGGUUAGGCUGUGCAUUCACCGUGUUGGGGUUUGAGCGGCAUUGGCUGUACCCGCUGAUUGCCGUUGUCGCGUGCGUGUUUGCGCGCUUUUUAUUUCGCUACCUCACCAAGUGGAGCCCCCAGAUUUUGUCGUAA